AUGGCGUCCGAUGGACCCAACGCCGUGAGGUCAGGUGACCAUUGGUCUAGCUCGCCCCCUUCUAGCAAUGGGAUCGAUACGCCCAACACACAAGACCAUACAGUUAUGAGCACAGCGCCGUCAAGUAAUGCCGAUACUUCAGUCGCAUAUCCCAUCGACCGCGUAAGGUCCAAGGAAGAGAAUGGCUUCGACCACGAUGGCUCACACCCGGAGCAUCCGGAGGACGAGGAAAUGGAGGACGAUGACUUGGGACCUACGGCCACGCGAAUGAAUUCGACUGUCUCGAUUGCAGAGACCCUACCACUGUACCGGGAGAUCAUGUUCGUCACGGUCAUAUGUCUGGCCCAACUUUUCACGCAGGCCGGCCUCGGGCAGGCGAUUCCGAUUCUUCAUGUAAUUGGAGACAACUAUGGAAACCGAGAUGCGGGUGAUCUGUCAUGGUUCAUUGCCGGCUACAGUUUGACUGUUGGCACUUUUAUCCUUUUCGCCGGCAGGCUCGGUGAUACCUUUGGCUACAAGACGAUGUUCCUCGUGGGUAUGUCAUGGUUUUCUGUCUGGAGCAUGGGCAUUGGACCUGCCAUGUGUCUGCCAAAUGGACUGGCGAUCCUCGGCGCCACCUACGCGCCCGGUAGACGCAAGUCGUUGGUGUUUUCAGCCUUCGCCGCCACAGCGCCAGGAGGAUCCGUACUGGGCUCAUGCUUUGCCAGCUUGUUCGCCCUGGAGUGGUGGCCCUGGGCAUUCUGGUGUUUCUCUAUCGUUCUAGCUGCCACUGCUGUCGUCGGGUACUACGCUAUCCCGCCAUGCCCGUCCUCGCACCACGGGGAAGUUCCCCCAACUUGGAAGGGGAAAUUGAAGUGCCUCGAUCUCCCAGGUGCCUUUACCGGGAUCACGGGCCUCAUUCUGUUUAACUUUGCCUGGAACCAAGCACCUAUUGUUGGCUGGCCUACCCCUUACGUCUACGUGACAAUGAUCAUCGGCAUUCUGUUUGUGGUGGUCUUCUUCAUCAUCGAGAUCAAGUUCACCGAGACGCCUCUCCUCCCGUUCCAUGCCUUGUCGGCAGAUGUUUCCUUCGUACUUGGGGCCGUGGCCUGUGGCUGGGCUUGCUUUGGAAUCUGGUUCUGGUACACUUGGCAAUUCUUUGAAGAGAUCCGAGGCGCAAGCCCCCUCUUGUCCACCGCCUGGCUCUGUCCCGUCGCGAUUUCGGGACUCUGUGCUGCGGCAUUCACUGGCCUUUUGAUCCACCGUCUCGGACCAGCGGCCGUGAUGACCGCCUCUCUCUGCGCUUUUUUUGUGGGCACAACGCUGAUGGCGACGGUUCCGGUCGAACAGACGUAUUGGGCGCAGACUUUCGUCUCUAUGAUCAUUCAGCCAUGGGGCAUGGAUAUGAGUUUCCCGGCCGGAACCUUGAUUUUGUCCAACGCUGUGUCAAGGCGGCAUCAAGGUAUUGCGGCCAGCCUUGUCAACACUGUGGUCAACUACAGUAUUGCCCUAGGACUGGGUUUCGCCGGCACUGUCGAGUACCGGGUCAACAAUGGUGGCCACACGCUUGAGGAUAAGCUGAAGGGGUACCGCGGUGCAUACUAUAUGGGUAUGGGCAUCGCGGGUCUCGGAAUUGUCGUUUGUGUCGCUUUCUUGUUCAAGUCGCACAUGAAACCGUCAAAGAAGCAGGAGAAGGCUUAG